GGUUUUGGGCAUUGGACUUUAGAGAAGAAGAAAUGAAGCACGCGCUUCUACUCGCUCCCCAAACCCUUGUUGGAUGUCUAGUCUUUCUCUGCUAUGGUGUUCGAGUUUCUUCUGGUAUUGUUCAUAUCAGAGGAAAACCAAUUUCCAUUUCCUUCGUCGAUGCUCCGGCUAGAUUUGCUGUUGGUGUCAACAGGUCUGGUAUUUGUGGAGCUUUACAUGUGGCAGAUCCUCUGGAUGCAUGUUCUUCGCUUAGGAAUGGCGUGGAUUCCGAAGCAAACGAUAAGGUACGUUUUGCUCUGAUUGUUAGAGGUAACUGCUCUUUCGAGGAUAAAGUCCGGAACGCUCAAGACGGCGGCUUUCGUGCUGCAAUUGUGUAUGAUGAUCGAGACAGGAAGAAUUUGGUUUCAAUGAUUGGAAACCCUGAAGGUAUAUGGGUGCAUGCAGUCUUUGUGUCAAAGGUGGCAGGUGAAACUUUAAAGAAGCUUGCUCGAGGUGAAGAAGGAGAGUGUUGCAUCAGGUCUUUGUUAGAGGAAACAGCCUGGACUGUGUUGGUAAUUUCCUUCAUCUCUCUUACUGUCAUAGUAUCUGUCCUUGCCACAUUCUUCUUUACUCGGAAUCAACGUGUGUACCGUCAAGGCACAUACCAGCGUUCUCCAAGUAUAGAUAGUAAGAUAGUGGAAGAUCUUCCGUCCUUCACAUUUUACAGUGCUUGUUCAAGUGACUGCCGCAUGGGAGUAACUUGUGCUAUUUGUCUUGAAGACUACAGAGAUGGUGAAACUCUGAGGGUUCUUCCUUGUCGGCAUGAAUUUCACACAAACUGUGUAGACUCAUGGCUAACCAAGUGGGGGACAGUCUGCCCGGUGUGCAAGUAUGACAUGAGCCCAAACAUGGGGGACUAACCAUGUGAAGACUGUUAUUGUUGUUGCUUAAUGUUCGGGCGUGAUCGUCGAUUCAGUUUACUAUGUCAGGAUCCCGGCUUCUGUGGGUUUAUCACUUGAAGUGAUACCAGUGUUUCCUCCUCCAGUUUACCUCCGACUUCCAUAGGUUUGGAUAAGCGUGGGCAUCAUGGUGUUUGUAUUUCUACAUUUGCAGCAUCUUAUUUAUCAUGUGGAAAUAUGUAGAUGCGUGCUGCCUCAUCUUCUUAUCAUCUUUGUCCAUCCAUUCAAGUUCAUAACAAGCAUAACCUAUGUAUAGUUGCUACAAA